AUGAGACUAUCAACGGCGGGGCGGAGGACAGCCCACCGGCCUUCUCGCGCAUUACUACUCUUCCUAGCAAUUGCAUUGCUAGCCCGGCUAUCAAUAGCCCAAGACACAACAGAUGCCAACGAUGCCACAACCACCGACGACGCAACCGCAACCGCAACAUCCGCCGAAACAACAGAUAUAGGAACAAGCACUACCGACUCCUCAAUGUCGUCUUCGACAGACUCUUCAACGACAUCGUUGUCGUCGUCGUCAACAAGCAGCAGCAGCUACCCGAUCGUGACCGUCCCACCAACAGCAGGUGCGCCUUACAUGCAAACAUCCAGCACGCCGGAGGGAGCUGUCUUUAUCGCUGUCGGUGCAGUGCUGGGAUUCCUGGGACUUGCGGUGCUAGCAUGGCGUGGGCUGGUUGCAUGGUCUGUUAACCGGUCCGUUCGGCAACAGGCUGCUGCGAUGCAGUCGUCCGAGAAGAGGGGAUUGCUGAGGAGUAGGAGGAGAUCUGCACGGUCGAAGUCGAGGUCUAGAUCUAGAACUAGGUCGAUGUCGAGAGGGCAGUUUGGUCCGACGGGUAACUUGGAUAAUGCACCGACAGGCAAUGCAUCUGGAGGAGGUUACGAUCGUCAUAACCACCGCCGUCGAAGCAGAAGCGGAAGCCGUGGACCCCCAAGAAUGAGAGAAGUCCCGGGCUCAAGCAACCCGCUAUUCUUCUCCCCAACUGCCGGCGCAAGCAUGCACAGCGGGAAACGCUCAAGUCAGCACCACUCAGGCUAUGGCUACGGCUACGGUCACAGCACUGCAAGCACCAGCACCCCGCGCGCAAGCACCGGCCCAAUACCAAAAAAUGCAAGUGUAAGCGCAAGUAAACGAUAUCAGCCACCCUACAAAGGGAAACAUGCGUAUCCUCCUCCUCCACCGCGCGCGCGUAAUAUCCCAAUAGUCAGUCCGCCUGUUUCGCCGAAUCUACGUCCUAUGGGUGCUGGUGUUCCGAAUCAGGCGUCGCCGCCGCAGGGAAAAGCGCCGAGUGAGUAUUUGGAGGACUUGUUUGAUGGCCAUGCACGGCCGGGGAUGGGAGAUUGGGAUUGCAGAUGA